AUGAAGGGAGUUGCCGAGGAGUUACAAAGCUCUGUUGAUCUAAGGAAAGAUUCAUACAUUUAUAAUAGGGUGUUAUUUGGAACUAUAGCUGCUGAAAGAUUUAAUCGUUUGAAAGCGCUAAUUAGAAAAGGGCGAAUAUGCCUAAGAAGUGUCAUCUGUGGUAUUGUGAUGUUAUGUACAAAGCCAAACAUUCAAAAUUUUGAUGGAAAUAUAAGAUUCUCGAUAGGUGUUGAUAUGAAACCAAUAGUGGACGAUUCCUCUCAAUUCGGGAUAUUAAAAAAGAACAUUAUCGUUGAUUGUCCUUUGAAACUCAUAGAUGACAAACAUUACAAAGACACUGACUCUGAAAGUAUAAAGAAUGGUGACAUAUUAGAGAUUCAAUUUCGUAAGGUUACAGAUUUUGUUACUGAGGAAUUGAGUAAUAAGCUUCAAUCCAUGGCGAAGCAUUUUAAAAGAAAUAACUGCCCAUUCAAUUUUUCCUCAAUUAAUUCUCAAAUUUCUGAUUCUAAAGUAAUUCAAAUCAAUGAUUUGACUGACAUACCUUUUACGACAACAGAACAAAACCCAAAUGGUUACUCCUUCCAUGAUCUAAAAGUAACAGAAGGGCUAUCCCCAAACGAAAGCAUGUCUUUAUCGUAUAUUACAAAUAGCAACUCUGCAAUGAGUAUUUCAAUUCACUAUACAGAAACCAAAUAUAUGGACUCAUUUGUUGAAUGCUUCAGGACAUUUAUAGAAAACUGA